AUGAUGAUCACCAAUCUUCCUACGGAUUUGAUGGAGGAUAUUUUGUCUAGGGUUCCUUUAAAAUCUAUGAGAGCAGUGGGAUUAACUUGCACAAAGUGGAACACUCUAUUGAGUAGUCGGAUAUUUGCAAAGUUGCAUAUUGGUAAAGCAUUCGCCCCAAGAAAGAAAGAUGAGUCUGAGUCUUGGAUGAUCGUGAAGAUGGAAGACAAUCUUUAUUUGACGAGCGUCUUCGUCGACGACGUUGGUACAUGUGCAGAGAACAAAGGUAAACUAACUUGUCUUGAUGACCAAGUCAAGAUAUCUGAUGUUUUUCACUGCGAAGGGUUAUUGUUAUGCAUGGUGGAAGAUGAUGAUACUAGGGUGGUUGUUUGGAAUCCAUAUUUGGGACAAACAAGGUGGAUCCAACUCAGAUAUUCACACGUCGUACCUCCUCGGUCACAACCUUGCUAUGACAUGUUCGGUUACAGUAUCGGAUACGAAGAUAAGGGAUCUUGUCGUAACUACAAAAUAUUGAGGUUUAUAGAUGUAUUAUUAUUUAGAGAAGAGUACGAGUUUUUAUGGUAUGAAAUAUACGAUUUUGAGUCUGGUUUAUGGACGACUCUUGAUGUCACUGAUCCAUACUGGCGUGUACAGCAAGGCGGUAACGUUUCUCACAAGGGAAACACUUAUUUUUAUGUUUCAAAAAGGAACCCUCGGGCAGACACGGACCACAUAAUCUGUUUUGAUUAUACAAGUGAGAGCUUUGGGCCGCUUCUGCCUCUGCCGUUUGUAAUUGAGGGUGACCGUGUCAGUGUGACUCUAUCUAAUGUUAGAGAAGAGAAGCUCGCGGCUUUAUGUGACUCGCAUAAAUAUUAUGGUGGCUCAUUUGUGAUAUGGAUCACGAAUAUGAUUGAGGCUGAAAAGGUGUCGUGGAGCAAGUUCCUGACAUUUCAUCCUGAUUCACUCCCUGACGAUUUUUUCAUUCGGCUUACACCGAGUUUCUAUAUUGACGAGGUGAAGAAAGUCGCCAUGUUUUGUGGUAAGAGGUUGUAUUGCCACAUAGACAUAGUUUUCAUCAUUGGAGAGGACGGAUACAAAGGGGAAGUGAAUCUCGAAGAAGGUACCGAGGAAAGUUAUUUGGCAUCACAUGAUGUAUUGUGCUGCUCUUAUGUUCCAAGUUUAGUGCAAAUCAUGCAACCUAAAGGAGGCCAAUGGGAGAGAAAACAAAGUGAUUUAGAAAAGCUUCGCUAUGAUGAUAUGAUGUCGAGACUUUCCAUCUUUGAAAGUAGGUGCGAAACGCUUGAUCACAGCCGCUCACUGUAA